CAACCAUACAAUUCGUUUUGAUCAAAACACGCAACUCAUGAAUAGCGCAGAGUUCGAGUUUCAACCACAAGGACGCUCUGCACCACAGUUUGAGGUAAAAGUCUCACGGAGCACAAGCAGUUCCGACACGCUCCCCAUAUACUACACCAGUUGCAUCCCAUACCACAAUAUUAGCGCCCGGAUGUCGGGGAUUGUGGGGGAAUGGAUGUGCGAUUUUCCGAUCGUGCCGCUAAGAUUGCUGUAGCUCGCGAGCAUUGACGAUCUGGCCGCGUUCACCCCAAACACGCACUCAAACAAGACAUUCAAUGCAAAGAGUUUGGCAGCGUGAUUGUCCACGAGCCUGGAUGUUUGCAAGACUGGGGAAAGUUGGCAAGGUGCAUCACACAGCAAAAGAACCACUGUGCCGCUCAAAACUUAAAAUGGCCCAUCCGCUCUCACACUUUAUCUGUCCACAUACGACAUAAACACACGCAAUCUAAAAUUUCAAUACAACAGUAUGAGGGUGGAUUAUUACCGAGUCUGGGCGUUUGCCAUACGGGGGAAGUUGGUGCGGCGUGCACAAAGAAUGUACCACACAGCUAGACAGCCAGGCCAGGCCGGUACACAAGCCGGUAAACAAGCCGGUAAACAAACCGGUAAACAAGCCGUCCGCAGGUUCAUGUGGUGAUUCCGAAGGAACACAUUGCCCCAUGCGAAUCUACCUAUGGCAGUCCAUUGGUUCAGUACAAAAUCAUCGUCACGUUUGAAAGCGCGACGACUCGCAAGCUCGACUUUGUAGUGAGGAAGAGAUUUUCGGAAAUCCGCGAAAUGUACGAUGGUCUUCGCGUCAAGUUUCCUGAGCUGUUCAAAGACGAACGCUGCCCACCCUUUCCAGCGGGAGCAAUUUUUGGCCUCUACAAUGUCACGUUUAUCGACACCCGACGAGUCGCGUUCGAGAAACUCUUCCAAUACAUCGUCAGCCAAAAGGAACUCAAGUGUAGCGAUAAGCUUUCACAAUUCUUGGAGUAUUCGAAUCUCCUCAAGGCCCUCAGUCGUCAAGCAGAUCAAGCAUCUCAAGUACCGAGGCACGCAAACCCUGGGGCUCCUCGGACCAGCGUGCAUUCUGAUGGCUCGUUGGAUGCCACCUUGUCUUUUCAGGAAGCCAUUUUGCUGAUCAAAAGCCUGCGCAAGGAGCGCGAGAAUGAGCACGCAGCAUUUGCGGAAAUACGCCGUCUUGCAGAAUUGGAUUUUGAGAACGAAGUGCAGGCUCGUGUCGAAGAAUCCAGUCCCGUUUGCAAGAUUUGCUGGCUGAAGUCAGUUGAAGUGACUCUCGUUCCUUGUGGACACACAGUCAUGUGCGAAAAGUGCGCGACCGAUUGCCCCGGUCACCGUUGCCCCUUCUGCAACGUGGAGUUUACCCAGUCGCUGAAAGUGUUUUUCUAGAGCGACAGCAUCGGGUCCUCGUCGACUUGGUCUCAUCAUCGCGUUCUUGCACAUCUUUUCUUUUCAAUUUGUUGAUACUAUUUUCUUCAUGGUGCAUAUGCCUGUUCUAUUUGUCGAUUUUCCGGCACCACUGCUGUUUGUGUUUGUUCUCAAUACAAUCAAAUUCACGCACUGCCA